UUAAAGAACCCAAUUCAACGCUAAAGAGAGAUACACGCUGUUUUUUCGAUCUCGGAGGAAUAUAUAAAAAAUUUGGGUAAAAUUGAGAAUUGAGCAUACCAAUGAAAUUAAGAUAGAAAAUCAAAGAACCGUUUAAACCGUAACAAAGUGAAGUGUUAAAAGACUACGUAAUAUAUUUUAGGAAAACAGUUAUUCCAGGCUGCAAGUGUUCGCCGACACUUUUCGGAGUAAAAAGAAGCAAAAUAUAUAAUACACGAUGGAUAACAUUGAACAUUUGUACAAGUGCUAUGAAAUUUUGUCAGAGGCCGGUGAAAAAAUAUCCGAGCAUGUCAAGGAGUACGAAGACAUUUUGAAGGCAGUAAAAGGCUCUUCAAAGGAAAAACGUUUAGCCUCACAGUUCAUUGGAAAGUUUUUCAAGCAUUUCCCUGAUUUGGCAGAUGCGGCAAUAGACGCCCAACUGGAUUUGUGCGAAGAUGAUGAUAUGCAGAUUCGCCGUCAGGCCAUAAAAGACUUACCUAAACUAUGCCAGGACACAGAGAGCACAACCGUUAAAAUUGGUGAUACUUUGGCCCAACUAUUAGUAUUGGAUGAUCCCUUGGAAUUGCAACAAGUAAAUAAUUCCCUUCAGACCAUCAUAAAGAAAGACGCAAAGGCAUCUCUGACAGGUGUAUUUACACAAAUUUCCACUGGAGAUGAGGCAACUCGAGAACGUUGUUUUAAAUUUAUUGCUACUAAACUCUUUGCAAUGGGACCUACCGUUGUCACUAAGGAAGUGGAAGAGUUUGUUGUUGAUGAGAUUAAGAAAAUAUUGCAGGACGUAACGGCUGAUGAAUUUCAAUUGUGCAUGAACAUAUUGGGAAGCACAAAACUUGGCACCACAAUUACUGGACACGCCGAAAUGGUUAAUUUGGCUAAGGAACAAGCAGAACUAAACGCCGACAUAGAUGCUAUAGCUGUAGAGGAUGAAAUCGUCGAACGUUUUAUACAAUGUGCCACACACGCUAUGCCAUAUUUUUCGAACACUAUAAAAUCGACCGACUUUGUUGUUUAUGUUUGCGAUAAACUUUUGCCAUUGAGCACAUGGAACAUGAUUGCCACAGCAGUGGCUCAAGAUCAAGUGCAGUUACGCUUAUUGAAAGUAUUCGCCGAGAUGUGCACAUUCACUGAUGUCUUGGAUAAUGCAGCUCAGCGCAUUGAUAAUGUUUAUCAGGUGUUAAGGGAAUAUAUGCCUUUGCCAAAACUAUCCGAAGAAGAAGAUGCCAGCAGCCCCCCACCGUCCUUUCAAUUCUCACAUGCUGAAUGUUUGUUGUAUGCUUUGCAUACGUUGGGCAAAAAACAUCCUGAUAUGCUGACUUUUGUAACAGAUGCCGAAAAAUUAAAAGAUUUUCGCUCCAGACUUCAGUAUUUAGCCAGAGGAACGCAAGGAUACAUUAAAAAGUUGGAAGAAGCUGUUAAGGGAAAAUCUGCGGAGGAACUCAAGACCGAGGAGAAUCAAUUAAAACUGACUGCGCUAAAAACUACUUCGAAUAUUAGCAUUUUAAUUCGUGACCUCUUCCAUUCACCGCCCAGUUUUAAACAUGAAAUUCAAUUAUCAUGGGUUAAUCGAAAGAAUACAAAAAUUGGCUCCAAACGCCAUGCACCCAUAACCUUUGACGGUAAAUCGGAAAAUGGCAAGGACGAGGAGAAGAAAAUAAAAAAUGCUUCUGAACAAAAAAUCUAUUCCCCACCAUCGGGCAAAUACUCCGGUAAAGUGCAAAAUUAUGGUGGCAACAAUAAUCGUCAGCGAUCGCGCAACGGGGGAAGUGGCGGCGGUGGCGGUGGAGGUUUCAGAAAUCGACGAAACUUCAAUAAGAAAUAUUAAGACAUGAAGGGGCGGCAGAGUUGGAUAAACCGAACUGAUAUUUUACAAACUCCACCCUCACAAACCUAAGCGCAAAGAUGCCAAGAUAUGAGCUGAAUCAUCUUUAUGUCAAAGCAAACAACAAAACAGCAACAAUUACAACAACUAGUCUCUAAUUUUCUUCAACAUUAGGAUUAAUAAAAAACAACAUUUGCCCACGUUCCCUUAACGGUUGUACGUACGUACAUCACCACAACAAAACGCAGAGUGAUUUUUAUCGACCUCAACAAAACAACGAUGGCUGCAUGGCUGAAUUUUGAGUAACCACACGGGAAACGUAGUCUCGAUUCACCACCUUGCAAUGUCUAAUGAAGCCUAGGCCACCCAAAGGUAAAGUAUCCAAUUCUUUUCUACUAAUGUGUAUUUUCUCUUAUUUCAGAACACUCGUAACCGUAACCGCAGCAAGCAAGCAUUAGACUUACUUUCGAAAUAUCUCCAGUAAAUUUUUAAGAUUUUUCGAAAGUCAACUCAAAAAUGCUUUGUUUUUUUUUACCAACCCUAUCUAAUUUCUUGAUUUUCUCACAUCUUUCGGUUUUUUUUGUGUAAGCCAUUGUAAAAAGCUUAAUUUAUAUACAUAUACGUAA